GCUAACCUAAUCUCAGGGUCAGAUUGUUUAUAUAUAAUAAUAUGUUACAGGCCACAUGUUUAUAAAGCACACAGAAAAGAGCGAAAGAAUAGUACCUCUGUUAUAAAGUAUGAAAAGCUGUUUUAAAAAAUGUUCUGCACGCAAGCAAAGUUUAAAAGAAUAUCACAUACUUCAAACAGUUUCAUAAAGAAAGAUACUAGUUCAGUGGCAUAGAAAAGAACUUGAAUGAAACUAACAGCUGUAGAACCAACAUUCAAGGAUUGUCUCUCAGAAGAUUUAGUAGAAAAAUAAGAACUUUAAUUAGGAAGAUAUCUUAAAGGGCAGUAAAAAGAAAUUUUAAACAAAUUUCAGGCAUAAUUGAAAACGCACACAUUCAGAAUAUGUACAUGAAGAUUUGAAGGCAACAUCCAGGAGCAAAAGUGAAAACUAUAACUCUGAAAUAGUAUAUUUAGGGAACCAGUAUGGAGAGGGCUCUUCACCUACCCAUAUUGUUAUGACUUUUUGAUUAUCAGAGCAUAAACAAAUAAACAAAAAUAUAAGCAGACAAGCUAAUUACCUUUCAACCAAAAUCAAAAGAUAAAGUCAAAAUAUAAACAUUACGUAGAAAAUUAAAUAUGGAGUUAAGCAGAGAUCUAGAGAAUGAGAUUCAUGUGAUUGAAUUCCACAUGCUGGACAAAAUUAAAUUUUAUCCAUUAACUUUAAUGACAAGUUUAAGUGUACGUGGUUUACUGUAUCCACUGACACUGGUAAGGACUCGUUUACAGACACAGACUGGUAAAACAGUGUACAAAGGAAUGUUUGAUGCCAUUGUAAAAAUCGGCAGACGUGAAGGAUUUCGUGCAUUCUAUCAAGGAUUUGGUGUCAGUUGUAUACAGAUCCCUUCUUCAGUGAUUUAUAUCACUAUUUAUGAAAGUGUUAGACAGUACUGGACGGCAAGACUAAAUAACGGCCACAUUUCUUCAAUGAUAGCUGGUUUCUCGGCUUCAUGUGUUAAUCAACUUUUUAUAGUUCCAUUAGACAUUGUGUCCCAACAUUUAAUGUUGAUGGAAGGAAAAAAAUCUGCUACAAAUAAACGCAUUGAGGAGAAACUACAGAAGUUACAAAAAAUACAUAUUAGUGAUGAAAUAAAAAACAGUAAAUUUGGUGCAGUGAGGGCAAUAUGUAGAGAGAUAAUGCAAUCAGAAGGUUUACGUGGAUUUUACAAAGGAUCUGGUGUAUCUUUAGCUGUAUACUCUGCUGGAAGUGGAUUUUGGUGGCUCUUCUAUAAUAUAUAUGGAAGUUGGAUGAUUGAAUUUUUUCCAGUAUCUACAUCAAGACUUGCACUUAAAAUGGUGGCUGCUCCAUUGGCUGGAAUCAGUUCUGUUGUGUUGACCAAUCCAUUUGACGUAUUAAGAACAAGAGUUCAGGUACUAGGUGAAAGUUAUAGCGAAACAUUAAAGAUAUUAUGGCGAGAAGAAAGAUGGAAUAUACUGACCAAGGGAAUUUCCGCAAGAAUGACUACCAGCUGUUUAUUCUCUUUGAUGAUUGCUUUUGGCUAUGAAUCAGUUAAACGUUUUAGUUUAAAGGAAGAAUUCAAGGCUGAUGUAAGAUGGUGAUGAUAGAGAUUUUUAGGUUAUUUAGAUGUUUUAUUCAGGGUGAAUGUAUGUGAUUGUUUGAAGAUAAUGGUGAUGAUAGUGAUGAGUGGAAGAUGUGUAAGAUAGGGAUGAUUUUAGUUUUAGGUCUAAAAGAUGAAUGAUUUAUUUAAGGAUUACUUUUGUUUGUUUUAUUUGAAAGAAUUGUAAGUUUUUUCUUCUGUAAUUAUAGAUUUAUUAAUCAUUAUACUAAACCAAGUCUUUUCAUGCAACUAUACAUUUGUAUGGCCCAUAUCCUCACUAGUUAAGGUUAUAUGUGCCCUUGCAGGAAAGAAUCUAGCGUGACUGUUGCUUGUUUAGGUAAAUGAAAAACAGCAAAUUAUCUGCUGCUCGACCAUAUAAACAAAUAAUUUUACUUAAGGAUAUUUCAAAAAACAUGCAGGGUAGGCAAUUCAAAAUUGCAUAACUAUGGUGUCAAAUACUUUUCUGUACAGUGACAAAACCAUAAUUGCCUUUAUAUCUAUCAUGUCUAUAGGCUGUUGCCUAAAACAUGUAAAAGAAUAAAAGAUUGUGAAAUAAAAAAAAUAUUGCAUAUUUUCAUGAGUUUUAAUGCAGUCUAUGUUAAAGAUCUCAAUAUUUGCUUUUCAGAUUCUGAUUUGAGUAGGAAAUGAAAUAAAUAUAUAAGAAUGUUUAAACUAUUAAUAUUUUUAAACUUGCACACAAAAUGUAUAGGGAAAUCAUAUUUGUAUGUACUCAUGUUCUAAGAUAUUUAUUUUUUAUGUGUCUGAUUUUUGUUUGUUGGUUUCAUUACACAUAGAUAUAGUACUCCAUUUCUUAUUUACCUAAUUAGUUAUAAAUGCUAAAAUCAGGAGAACUGAACAUUGAAAAAUAAUUGAAAUCAACACUUUAUAAGGAAAUUGCUUGAUUGAAAAAAGAUUCUGUUUUAAAAAGUCAGUCUAAUCAAGAUUUUUAUUUAUUUAAAAGAUGAAUAUUUUUCAAAGGAGAUUAAAAUACACUAAAAGUCAAGUUGAUUUUGUCAUAUCCACCUAUGAGAAUGCAGGGCACAGAGUCCCCAAUUCUCCUACAUUGUCCCCUUUUCCGAAUGUAUAGAUUACAUGGAACUUGCAUUUCUCUUCUUCAUCAAAUGAAUUGAACCUGCAAUAUUGUGGAAAAAUGAGAUAAUUUGUUUUAUUUAAUAUUUAAAAAAAGUAUUUAACCACAUUGGGUGUAUGGAAAUAAUAAAAAUAUUAACAGAAUCUUUAGAGUGCUGACCACAUUGUGUUGAUGGUAAUAAAAAAAACCCACCUCCUUAAACAGAUUUAUUUUUCUAUUCUCAAAGGAAGUUUUUUAAUUGAUAACAAUUAAUUAUUGUUUGUGAUCUAUGAAACCUCAUUGUAAUUAAUCAGAGCUUUGCAUCAAGUGUUUUAUAAACAGGAUUUUAUGGAAUGUAAUCAGAUAGGGGAGAUAAAUCUUGGUGUUAAGAAAAUGAAAGCCAAAUUUAUUCAACUAUCUUUUACAAAAUAAAGACCAUUAAAGUGCUUAAAUUUGAUAAACAAUCAUUGAAAAUUAAUUAAAAUUAAAUUAUCAUCAUAAUAAAUGGCAUAGUAUAAAAAGUUUCUGUUUCAGAUUUUUAAACUCCUUGUCUAAGUUUGUCCAUUUAUCAAAAAAACUUAUUCUAUUUUCUAUAGGCUUUACUGAAUGUUGGGUGUUGAUAUUACAAACUUGUAGAUUUUGAUUCGAAUUUGUUUUUUUAGGAUGAUGCAAAUUAAGACUUUUAUAAAUUGACUCUGUAUAGAAUUCACCACAUGUCACAUGAAAAUAUAUAUGAAUUUUUAUUGCAUUUAGUAUUAACUUGUGAAAGGGGAACCCCAUAAGGGAAGGCAGAUAUAAUUGAGAGCAUUUUUAUAUUAUCUAGAACAGGAUUUGUUUUAAGUUUCAAAGCUUGUGUAUACUAUGUGUGUGAAUAACAUAUGUAUUCAUUUAAUUUUCACUUAGUUUCAUAUUUAGGAAGAUAUUAUAUAUUUAUACAUUUGUACAAUUUAUUAUGUUACAUAAUUGUUGAAAUAAUGUAUUGUUAUAUGUAAAUUAAAAUCAAAACAAAAUG